AUGAAGAAAUCUAGUUCUAGUCCUAAACAGGCUGUUUCUUCUAGAAGAGAUUUCAACACCAUUUCUCAAACUGAUAAAAACAAAUAUCAUCCAAAGAAAGAAAGAGAACAACUUGCCAAAAUUCUAAUUUCUCACAAUAGUAACCUUUUUCUGCUCAAAUUUAAUAAUAGAAAUGAAUCUGAAAAAAUGUUUGAUGAAUUUGAAUAUGAAGAUAAGUACUUGAAAGAAGCAGAAGGCUAUUUUACUGAAGAAGUCCUAAGUGACAAACUGUAUAAUAAUCUUUGA